AUGAGGAGUGCAAUAUGUGAGCAUAAGAAAGAGAAUCCAACUAUUAGCCAAAAAGAUAUGCAAGCAUGGGUGCAACAAAAGUUUGAUUUGACUAUUAGUCAAUCAACAAUAUCGAACACUCUCAAAAGGGCGUCGGAAUAUUUGUCAAAUGAAAUGAAAAAUAGCGAUGUUAAAAGGCACAAAUCGAAAAAAUACCUUGAUUUAGAGAAAGUUUUGUAUGAGCGGUUUCUUGAAAAGCAAGAUAAAGUGAACAUGUCUGGAGAAAUUAUCCAAGGAAAAGCAAAAGAGCUUUUACAAAAAAUGUAUGGUGAAACUAAUCCAGAAUUUAGCUUUUCUAGUGGAUGGUUAGAAUGUUUCAAGGCAAGAUAUAGAAUCAAAUCUUACCGACAUUUUGGUGAAAGUGGUUCAGUUAUCAUGGAGAACAUUGAAAAUGCUUUACCUGGAAUACGAUCAAAACUAGUCCAGUUUCAAUUGAAGGAUAUUUACAAUAUGAAUGAAACUGAAUUAUUUUACCGAUUGGAAGCUGAUCAUUCACUUGCUACCAAGCAGCUCGAAGGACGCAAAAAAGAUAAGGAGAGAAUUACUGUUGUUUGUUGCAAUGGUGAUGGAUCUGACAAAGUACCACUUUGGGUUAUUGAUUUUGUUAGUUGGUUUGAUAAGAGAAUAAAUGGCAAGAAGGUUCUCUUAAUAGUAGACAAUUGCCCAACUCAUCCAAAGGUAGUUGAAGGCUUGAGAAAUGUAGAGUUAUUUUUCUUACCUCCUAACACAACGUCUAAGAUUCAACAAUGUAAUGCUGGGAUUAUUCGAGUAUUCAAAGCUCAUUAUCGUCGUCGUUUUUAUUCUAGCAUCUUACAAGGCCUUGAGGUUGAAGCACCAAAUCCUGAAAAAAUUAAUAUUUUGAAUGCUAUUAAUUUUGCUAACAUGACUUGUGUUAGGAAAAUGUGUAAUUGA